GAGAUUUCUCUCCUCGCAGGUUCAAAUUUUUGGAGUUUUGGCGCCAAAAAAUGUAGCAGCGGGAGGCAAUUCACCACAAGAUAAGCGCAGGAGAAGAGAAAAACUGAAAAGGGUUUGGAGAAAAGAUGAGUUCAAAAGGGGAUUCGUUUAGGGCAGUUGGGCAGCGUUCUCUUUCAUCAUCUUUUGUCUUCAAAUGCUCGAGCGGUUCCAAGGACUCCAAUGGAGAUUUGAAAUGCAAACCCUCGAAGCAGGAGUCACGCAUAUCUUUCUCUGACUUCCUUGAUCGGAAGCUUAAUAAGACUCCCAUAUCAGCUAAAACAGUUCAGGCAAAACAGAAGCCCUUUUCAUCAAUGCUGGGGAACAGGGAUUCUGCUGUUCCUUUCAAUCAACCAGUUGGGUCUCUUAAUGAAGCCAUAUUUGAACAGUUCAAGCAUAUUAGAAAAGAUGCAAAAGAUUGUGAUGAUUCAAGUCAGAGAGAUGAAACUGAAGAAUCAGCAAGAGCUGAUGAGCAAGAAUCAAGAAAGAGAAGAUGCCCAUUUGAAGGUUCUUAUAAAGGUGAAGGGGGUCUUGAGACACUUGAUACUCCAAGAUACAUGUUAGUUCUUGGAGAUGAUCCAAAGCCCAAGCAAAAUGGGAGAAGACAAAGGGAGAAGAUUAUUGUGGAAAAGGAGAAGUUUAUUGUGGAGAAGAAGCCAAGAACUGCUUAUAAUCACUAUGCAAAUGGAAGAGGGUGGUGGGACUGUGAUAUGGAGGGUAUUGAUAGUGAAGAAGUAGGCUGCAAUGAAGUGUGGGAAGGUAUGGGAUCCACCACUUUAGGAGGACUAGAGUGGCACUGACUUGUAUUUAUUCUCUUCAAGUUUGUAAUUGUUGGAUUGGACUCCUGGCUAUGGUCUUGUAGUGAUUCUCCCAUAUAUAACUUUUUUUUGCCCUUUCUCCCUCUUGCAAG